GAGGAAACGUGUUUAUCUGUAAACACGGCUCAAAAUAUAUAAACGUAACAAAAAACACGGAGACGAAGCGAGUAGAUGGUGCCUGUGAGCAAAAGAAAGAAAGAAAGAAACCUCAGGAAUUAAGAGUUAAAAAGUUUUCAAGAUGGAUUUUUCAAAACUACCCAAAAUCUCUGAUGUGGAGAAGGAGAGCAAAGUGGGUUACGUGUUUGGAGUCUCAGGACCAGUGGUCAUUGCGUCGGAGAUGUCUGGAGCUGCCAUGUAUGAGCUGGUCAGGGUGGGUCACUCGGAGCUGGUUGGAGAAAUCAUCAGACUGGAAGGAGAUCUGGCCACAGUGCAGGUGUACGAAGAGACAGCGGGAGUCUGCGUGGGGGACCCCGUGCUGCGGACUGGCCAGCCCCUCUCCGUCGAGCUGGGACCCGGGAUCAUGGGCUCCAUCUUCGACGGGAUCCAGCGCCCCCUACAGGACAUCAGCGAACUGACACACAGCAUCUACAUCCCCAGUGGAGUCAACAUGGGAGCCCUGAGCCGGGGGAGAGAGUGGGAGUUCAACCCAGAGAAGAGUAUCCGGCUUGGCUCUCACGUGGUGGGGGGUGAUAUCUACGCCUCAGUCCAGGAGAAUUCUCUGGUCUCUCACAAGAUGAUGGUGCCGCCCAAAUCCCGCGGGACUGUCACCUACCUGGCACCGCCCGGGCACUACAACGUAACGGAUGUGGUGAUGGAGCUCCAGUUUGAAGGUGUGAAGGAGAGCCUGUCAUUGAAGCAGAUCUGGCCGGUCAGGCAGGUGCGUCCGGUGCUGGAGAAGCUUCAAGCCAACCACCCUCUGCUGACCGGCCAGAGAGUGCUGGACGCGCUGUUCCCGUGUGUGCUGGGAGGCACCACAGCGAUCCCGGGAGCGUUUGGCUGUGGGAAGACGGUGAUCUCACAAUCCCUCUCCAAAUACUCCAACAGCAACAUCAUUGUGUAUGUGGGCUGCGGAGAGCGAGGCAACGAGAUGUCAGAGGUGUUGAGAGACUUCCCCGAGUUGACGAUGGAGGUGGAUGGAAAGACAGAGUCAAUAAUGAAGCGAACCACUCUGGUAGCAAACACCUCAAACAUGCCUGUGGCAGCGAGAGAGGCCUCCAUCUACACAGGUAUCACGCUGUCAGAGUAUUUCAGAGACAUGGGUUACCAUGUCUCUAUGAUGGCAGAUUCCACAUCACGCUGGGCCGAGGCUCUUCGAGAGAUAUCGGGGAGACUGGCUGAGAUGCCAGCAGACAGUGGGUACCCUGCCUAUCUCGGGGCACGCUUGGCCUCAUUCUACGAACGUGCGGGGAGGGUCCGGUGUUUGGGGUCUCCAGAUCGAGAGGGCAGCGUCAGCAUUGUGGGAGCAGUGUCGCCCCCCGGUGGAGACUUUUCAGACCCUGUCACUUCAGCAACACUGGGGAUCGUGCAGGUGUUCUGGGGUCUUGAUAAGAAGUUGGCUCAGCGGAAACACUUCCCUUCUCUGAACUGGCUCAUCAGUUACAGUAAGUACAUUGGGGCUCUGGAGCCGUACUAUGAGAGGCUGCACCCCGAGUUCGUUCCUCUUCGAACCCGAGCCAAGGAGAUCCUGCAGGAGGAGGAGGACCUGGCCGAGAUCGUGCAGCUGGUGGGGAAGUCCUCUCUUGCAGAAGUUGAUAAGAUCACUCUUGAAGUUGCCAAACUCCUGAAAGAUGAUUUCCUUCAACAGAACGGCUAUUCUUCCUAUGACAGGUUCUGCCCGUUCUAUAAGACUGUGGGAAUGCUCCAGAACAUGAUCGGGUUCUACGAUCUGGCCCGGCAGUCUGUGGAGAGGACGGCCCAGUCCGAGAACAAAAUCACCUGGGCAGCGAUCAGAGAGGGGCUGGGGGGAGUGCUGUACAAGCUGAGCUCCAUGAAAUUCAAGGACCCUGUGCUGGAUGGGGAGUUGAAGAUUCGCUCUGAUUACAGCGCUCUGAAUGAGGAGAUGCAGAGCGCCUUCAGAGCCCUGGAGGACUUCUGAGAAACCAUCCCUCCAUCACAUCCCUCCAUCAUUACAUCCCUCCAUCACUACCUCCCUCCAUCCCCCAUCACAAUCUCCCUCCUUCACUCACCUAAGAGACCUCUGAUAUUCACACCCUUACCAAGUCAUUAAAGAACAAUAAUACAAUAAUUUAAAUUAAAAAAAAACUACUUUGAGACUGGACUAAUGCAUGAGAAAACUGAAGGUCAAUUUCAUAAGCAAAUAAACAAACAGCAAACUAUGUGUUUUGAGGAGAUUCGGUGAUGUAAUGUCAUUUGUGAAAUUAUUAAUCAUUUUCAGGUACAUUUCUACCCAUAUUUAAAAAACAAAUCUAUAAUUUAAAUAUUCACAGUGUAAUAAAUUGUAUUUAUGAAAUCUG